GGAGGCCGGAAGCGGCCGCGCUGCGCAUGCGUCCUCCUUUCCGCUCUUGGGCCCGCCGCCGCCGCCACGGUGAGGCCGCGCUCCCGGCCUGCAUCGGUCUCGCAUCGGCGCCAUCCCGGGGCGGCGCCGCGGGGCCGCCGCUCGGCAGCGGCGGGGCAGCUGCCGCCCGGUCCCCCGCCGGGAUGUUGAUGCCCAAGAAGAACCGAAUUGCCAUCUACGAGCUCCUUUUUAAGGAGGGAGUGAUGGUAGCCAAGAAAGAUGUCCACAUGCCCAAGCACCCCGAGCUGGUAGACAAGAACGUACCCAACCUCCAUGUCAUGAAAGCCAUGCAGUCUCUGAAAUCCCGCGGUUAUGUGAAAGAGCAGUUUGCGUGGAGGCAUUUCUACUGGUACCUGACCAACGAGGGCAUCCAGUACUUGCGCGAUUACCUCCACCUUCCCCCUGAGAUCGUGCCCGCAACCUUGCGCCGUAGCCGCCCCGAGACUGGCCGACCGCGGCCCAAAGGUCUGGAAGGUGAACGCCCUGCUCGUCUUACUCGGGGAGAAGCUGACAGGGAUACUUACAGACGCAGUGCUGUUCCACCUGGUGCUGACAAGAAGGCUGAGGCUGGUGCUGGAGCAGCUACUGAAUUUCAGUUUGUGCUGCUGGUUAGCAGUAGUCGUCAUCCCGACCGAUGGAUUGUCCCCGGAGGUGGCAUGGAGCCGGAGGAGGAGCCCAACAUGGCUGCUGUGCGAGAGGUCUGUGAAGAGGCUGGAGUGAAAGGGACGUUAGGAAGACUAGUGGGAAUUUUUGAGAAUCGGGACAGGAAACACAGAACAUAUGUUUACGUACUUAUCGUCACAGAAGUGUUGGAAGACUGGGAGGACUCUGUCAAUAUUGGAAGGAAAAGGGAAUGGUUUAAAAUAGAAGAUGCCAUAAAAGUUCUGCAGUAUCAUAAACCAGUGCAGGCCUCAUAUUUUGAAACCUUGAGGCAAGGUUGUUUGGCAAACAACGGCACUCCCGUCAUGACCACGACGUACUCUGAGAGCUCUGUGUCUGACAUCAGAUGACUGAAGACGUCCCUAUGAGAGAAAUUUUGAAAAAUAGACUGAAAUGUGGAUUUCCCUCCCCCCUCCCCUUUUUCACAUGCCUCCUCUAUCAAACAAGGCAUGGGCAGCAGCCUGUGGCAGAGCAAGUGUUAAGAGUGCUGCAAUUUAGUGCAAGGUGGGAUUUUUUGUUAGCUUUUUUUUUUUCCUUUUCUUUUUUGGAUAUGUAUUUUGUAAAAUACAUUUUGUGCAUGAAGUGCCCCUUUCCCCUUACAUCGCUUCCAUGGCCUGGAGAGCGAGGCUGCCAGUUUCGCCUCUGCCUUGUGUUCUGAAGUGUCCCGUUCGUGUCAUCCCAGCCAUAGCCACUUUUUUUUUUUUUUUUUAAUUAAAAGACUUCAAAUGUGAGAUCAGCUCUUUAAGUCUUAGUCUGUACUGUAAGGUGCUGUUCAGACCUGUGUGUUGGUCACUUUCAGCGCAUAUGUAUAAACUUUUUUUUAGAUGGAGAAUCUAACAUUUUAAUUUUGCAGGAAUUUUUUUAAUCCUGGUCUGCUUCUGAAAAGAAGGGUUCAUAAUUAAUCUGUUUUGCCUUUUGUUCUGUUUUUUAAAAAUACACAUUCUGUGACAGUGCUAGUGGCUGGGCCAGUUUACUCCCCUUUCAGUAUCUCCCAAUUUAGCGCAGUGACACUUGAAGUUGAGGGCAGAGAUUUGAUCACCUGCAGACAUCCCUGCUGCUCAGUUGCUUCUCCUACAGCUUCCGCCAAUGUUUCUGCUUUUACAUCACAGUGAAACAAAAGGAAUUGGUCUUUAUCACUUGGCCAAAAAUAAAUAGCCUCAGAUACGCUAUGGUAGAAACUGAAUUUCCUUGUAUGUGGUAGGAAUCAGGGAUUCAGAGUGGGGUCAAAGUCUGACAAACUGGAGCGUCAAUCACCAAUGCUGUUCUGCUGAUCCUGCUGCAUUUUGCUGAUGUCUCUUCUUGUCCACAUGCCUUAUACCGUGCUGAACUGGAUAUUGUAAUUUGUGCUAAAGCAUCGGAUUGUACUUACUGAGUGUUAUUGCACGAACCCUUGGUUGGAUAACUGUGUGUGUCCCUGAAAAGAAGUCCUGGGGGAAAAAUUCAGGUGUUCAAUCUCUUGUCCUGUGGUUCUGCAGCACUUGCAAUUGCACCGUGGAGCAUGCUCCGAAUGUUUAACCUCUCCCUCCGUGAAAGGUACAACUGACUCCCGAGCAGAGAUGCUAGCUGGAGAAGUACACCGUUGAGUAGGGUAGUUCCCCUGAUGCAUUGGCACACUUCACACUUUUUGUUGUUUUUAUUGAUGUAAGUUUCAUGCUGUCUUGAUUUGCCAACAGUGUUGUCUAGUUGGGAAAUAAAAUGGGAAGGGUUGGGGCUGGGGGGUGGGUUGGGACAGGUACACGUUUGGGAGGGGCAUUAAUUAAUCCCUGGCUUGGGACAAGAGGUAGUUGCUGAAUUCAGUAACAUCUCCAUUGUCAGAGCAUAGCCAAGAUGUGAAAUUAAAUCUGCAGUACUCUUUUUCUCUUUAUUUAACGAAAAAUAUUCUAAUAAAUACUCACUGUUCCAGAGUGUUCUCUCUUCCCGAGAAGCGCUUACAUAUGAAAAUCUGAUAGAAAUAUCCAUGGAGCCUGGGACUAGGGGGAAUGGUAUCCUUGCCGGUUUGGCAAGAAGCUGUUCAUUUUAAGAUCCUAUUCUGUUCCUUUACUUGUUCUCCCUGCUUUCAUCAGUGUGGAGUAGCAAGGCCAAAAGCAGUGCCAGUGAUCACUAACAUGAAAAACCAUGCAUAAGAAAAAGCUGAGAGGCAUUAUUCAAGCAGUAGCUUGAAACCGAGCAUCUGGAAUUGAGCCUAAAUUACACCAGUUCAGUUCACUUCAACUUAGAGACGAAUGUACAGUCCUUUCUUACUCUGUGCUGAUCGGCCUGAACCAAACUCUCAAAAGGGCUUGAAUUCUGUAUCUGGAAAUGUGUAAGAAAUUCAUGCAGUCCGCUGUUACCAAGCCGUGAGUGGCACCUAACACAGCCAUCUACUGCCUUCAAUUGAGGUUUCUUUUGUCUUUACUGUACAGAUUAGUAUGUUGAAAAUGCUUUGCAACAAAACAGCUGGUACUCCUGAAAGAGUAACUGCAGUUUUAAUAUCAAUAGCAUGCACACUUUUGUUUUUAAAACUAAAAAUGUUUUUACAGGGCUGUUAAACUGACAAUUUAGGGUAGAAUAUUGUUAAUGACUUGCUAAUGGCUUAUUUGUUUGGGUCAGAAAAAUAAAUUGUGCCAAGAAAGUGUUUUAAUGUGGCAUGAAUUGAUGCUGUUAACACAGUAACAUUGAGUGGCUGAUAUUAUGCCUUCUUAACUGGAAGUAGCUCCUGGGGUAGAGCUAGUCUUUAUUCAACAGACGCGUGUUUCAAACGGGCCCGGCUCCUGUUCUUCCUAAAUCUCCUCCUGCACCGCACGAGUUCCCAUCUUCCUCAGCAUCUGAGGUGGUUCUGUAAUAACUGAUACAGCUACAUGACCUAUCCGUUUAAGCGAUUUUAUCCAAAAUUAUGCCUAAAUUGGUUUGGGACCGACAAUCAAACUACCGUGACAAAAAUGUUUUAGAGGUGGCCUGCUCGUUGGGUUUUGCAGUGGAGACCAGCGCCAGCUUCAUUACACUGCUUAGGGCCAGUGUCAUUGACCAACUACUAAAACCACCUGUAGGAUUAGACUUGGACUUCCAGCUAAAACUGGUGCUACUGAGCUGGUUUUGGAAAUUGUGGAGUUCUUACCUCAAACUAUGUAGUGUCUAGACUGACCCCUUACAUCGAGCAUUACGAUGUGUUUCAGCUUUCCGAUCAAGGCAAAUGUCCUGUGUUUGGCUUCCACCAUAGCUUCUCUCUCAUUUGGCACUGGCAUAUUCGUGGGUGUUUUCUAACUGAAAUAGAGGAAUUUCUAUGCUUUGUUUAGAAAUCCCCUGAGUUUGCAGCAAGUUUGUUUGUCACCCUAAAAUUGCAGGUUUGGUGUGAUUGUCUUAGUUCUCUGAAAUCAGUUCUUAGAGCAAGCUGUCCAUGUGUUCCUUGUACGUACAAGGACACUUUGGUGGUGGUCUACUGAGGAGCAGGUCUGCCUAUAAAGAGGGAGGGGGGAAAUUACUGGCUCUUGAAACACUUGAGUACUAGAUUUCUCUGUGCACCUACGUGUGGACCUCAGGGUUGCAAGAUCAGUAGUGACGUAACAGGAAUAGGGAGACAUGCUACUUAUUUUAGGGAAAUUCUUUGAGCAGUUUCCACUUCUGAACAGUGAUUCACUUCCUCUGGUGUUGUCAAAGUUAGAAAUCCUUGUCCAGAGGAGCCGCAUCCUGCCAUCUGGGCUUUUAAACGCGUUUGAGUCUGUAAUGGGAGAAGGGAAGCACAUUCAGCACUUAAAUCACACUAAGCGCACUGUGUCCCUUUUAACCUCAAAAUACCUAAAAUAAUCUGGCCUCUGUCACUGAGGGGUUUGACAGGCCGGCUUGCAUUGCUGCUGUGGCAGUACGGUGUUAGCUGGUGGUUUAAGCUGAUGCUGCGUGGCUGCUGUACCGGCAUUUGCUCUAUUCUGUUGACUGUGACAUGGGAGAAAAAGGAAGAUGCCCCUGGGGUGUUAAUGCCUUUACUGCUUUUUGAUUUUUUUUUUCUCGAGCACGUUUGUCAGAUCCCAUGCUUUUGUGAUGGUUUUAGCUGACACUUAAAACUCGAGAGGCAGGUGAAAGCCCCUCUGCAGUAUAGUGCCAAAUGUAAUUAAACUUAGUGGAGCUGAAAUUUUAUAUACAAGCUCUAGGAAGUCUCUCUCAAAUGUGGCUUAGCUAUGGUGGAACAGCAAUUUCUGUGCAUUGGAUAACAUCAGUUUAGAAGUCUUGUGCAGUAGAUACUAUACAAUACAGGAGAGUCUUGGAGUUGUUGCUGUAAAAUGGUUUUUGGUUGCAAAUUUGACUUGGCUCACGUAGGGGGGCUUUUCAAAAGCACAUUUUAAAAGGACAAAAACCAGUUCAGUUGAAAAUAAGUAUCAUUCUCUGUUCAGUGAAGCUUUUCCAUUUUAUUUAAUAGAUGUGCCACACUACUGUACAUGCUAAUGCUCGUGACUGGUUAUGAGAGGCGUAAUGCGAUUUAUGACAAAACUGGAGAUUGUGGCACUGCCAGGCCCAGGAGGUAAUGGAUUUUCCCUGGAGAUGCCCCGAAAAGAGUUAAAUGAGGGUGUAUUUUCCUUUCUUCCUGAAAAAUGGCAUUCAGUGCUGCUAACAAGAAAGCACUUUUGGUCUCUUCACAAAGAUGUCUUUGGUCUCUUUACAAAGAUGGAUUGUUUAUUUUUAGACAAUAGUUUACUGGAGAUGAGGGAAACACAGUAUUAUAAAAAGCCAGGGGUGGCUUGUACCUCCUUUAUCUUUGCAUAGUAUUUCUACUUCUUAACAGAGCUGGCAGAGCUGUUUUGUGCUGUCUCACUGCUUAGCCAAAGCUCCUCUGCCAGAGCUCAGAAAACCCUUGCUGUUUUCUUCAGAGCUGCAGUAACUUCUUAGAGAGGCAGAUGCCAAACAUUCGCAUUUCUAGGUGUAUUGUUUGGCCAAAUAUUGCUUUGAGCUACUGCCGACUUUGUAAAGUAAAGGCAUGGUAAUUUUUCAAAUUCAAAAUGCAUUAGACUUUAAAUUAUAAAAACUCUUUAGGACUGAUGCAGUGGUAACUAAAAGAGAGGCAGAAUAUGGAUAGCGAUCCUGCUUACCAGUUGCUGUGCCACGCACGUCGGGUAGGGUAAAUACUGCUUUCUCACGACUCUGAGCUCGCGGAAGGAGGCAGGUAGCCGCUGCGUGGUUUUACAGCUGAAGUGUGCUGAGAUGCAUCUAUAAAAGGGUGUCUGAAUUAGGCUGUUUAGUAAGCGUGAGGCAGUUGCAUUGCCUCUGGCAAAAAAGAUAAAUCGGAAGUUGCUGGUGGUCAGCUAACUUGUUUACAUUUAAUGCUAUUAGACAAAGCUGAAGUAAUAGACUGAUAUUACUGAUAAACGCCAUUAACCAAUAACUAUAAUUGAAACCUAAUAUAAGGGGAUUAAAGUAUGGGCUUUAACAGAGGGACACUUCGUAAUGAGUCUUUAAAAGCUGCUGCUUGAAUCAGAUUAGGGGUGGGGGGGAGAGUAUACCUGGCUUGUUAAAGUUUUGCUAUUUAUUCCCUCCAUCCCUUGCUCGUAGUAAGUGAGGUAAGGUAAGGUGGAAGAAAUACUUGGAGUGUCUGGUGGUUCUUGAUAGAAAACAUGCUAUGAUUUAACUGAGUUGUUCUUUGUACGUUACACUAUAAGAAACUGUUAGAUUUGCAAAUAAAUGAAUCCCAGUCAGGGCUCUCCUCAGAUAAAAUCUCUUGACUUGGUCUGUGGUCGGAAGGUGGCACAGACAGAGGAGGGUUUGCAUGCGCUGUCCUUUUGCAUUUUUUUAAAAAGACAUCCUUUGGGAAUUUUUUCCUUUUUCUUCCAUUUUGGAAACUUGGUUCCUUCCUCUUACGUAGAUUCGACUGCAGCUUAGCACUGCAGGCACGUUCUCCAAAGUGGUGCAGCACAGCCCGAAAGGUUGCGUGAUGCUGGCGGUGAAGUAGCAGCGUCACGCUGCGGUGGGGAUGUACUCCAGCGAUCCUGCACGGGGAGCUUAGCAGCGACCGGUGUGGAAAUCUGCACCCAGACACCCUGCUGCCGAGGGACUGAUGGCCGGCGUUCGAGUUGCUGUAGAAGAAGGUAAGAGAGGGGAUCUUCAGGUCUGAAGAACCUUUGUUUCAAGGUCUAGCAAGGAACUGGAAUUGAAAUAUUAACAUCAACCCUCAUAGCUAGACAGACGAGCAGUGCAUGCACCUCCCGCAAGAUUUCUGCCGAGCAAGAAGGCAGCUUGAUUCAGUGUGAUCUUGAAUGUGCCUUAAAGCAAACUCUAUUAACUGAAAAAUUGAAAGGGACUGGAAUGUGUUAGAAUGUUGCUUUUUCCCUUGUGCAGAGACAAAGUAUUCAGUGGCUAAAAAUGUGGGUAGGGAAUGUCAGGAAUCUUCGCUUUCAUUCCCAAUUCUAGCACUUGCGCUGGGCCUCUGCCUCAAGUUUUCCACGCAGAGAAUAUUUGCUCGCCAUUUUGCAGCACACUGGUUGCUUCAGAAGAGCAAAAUGUUUGAAGCUGCGCAGAUUGAACGUUUACCUCCUCCAGUUUCGACAACUUUAAAUGUUCUUGCUCAUUCUCAAAGACACGAUUUUAUACCAUAUGGAUGUGUUUUAUGCUUUCCAGACAGCCAGAUGCAAUGUUUGCACCUGUGCAAAGCAUCCGCUCUUGUCGGAUGUGGGUGAUCCGGGAGUUUGUGAAAGAUGUGUUUGAAUAUUUAACUUUCCCUGGAUGGAAACUGUGGCUGGUGGUGAUUCUCAGGAGGGCUGGGGCUGAAAAUGUGUUGGACUCUCUAGCUAAACUUGCACCAGGAAAAUUAAAUUAGCGUGGACUCGUGUUAAUUGUGACAGAGCCUCCAGAACUGGUGCAGACAGUCGGCUAGUGCAGACAGAGCACUUCGACACCCUGCAGAAAGCGUAACUGCUGCUGCUGCUUUUCCCGGGUCCAAGCUGAGCUCUCUGUAACUGUGCUAAAAAUGACAGGAAUAGAUAUAACAGAUCAGAUUACUAUUGCAAGUAGGACGUUUGGAAGCUGGUCUUUCCGCAGAAUGGACCUGUUAGGUUUGCUCUCCCUGCAGGCAGCGAAAGGUUCAGCAAUCGCAGCAGUGGUGAUGGACGCCCCAAGUAUCGCGGCUGUAUAUAGCACGCAUUAGGAGAGAUCGAAACGUUUGUGUGCAGACUGCUUGGUUGGGUUAGUAGCAGAUGUUAAGGUUAUUGCUUCAGGAACUUGAGAGUUAUUCUAGGGUGAAGAUAGCGUGCAGAUUUCAUGCCCAACUCGGUACUGCACAGCACGUGCUGGCGGAAGGAUGCUUCCCACGCCGGGUGUUUUCCAUCAUCUUGGACCGCCACGCUGAAAUGAACUUCGGAGUGAGAAAGUGUAUUUGAGGAACUCUUUUCUUAUAAAGAUAAUUGCAUUAACAGCGUUGUAUAACGCACUGACCGCUGCGGUGGCACUUUUGAAUGGCUCGGCCUUUCCCUCCUGGCUCCGUCCUUCCUGCUCGGUGAGAGCAUCGUCUAGCGGCUGCGCCGGCGGGAUUCUGCCGCGCUCCUCACCGGAGCAUCGUGCCUCUUCUUUUCUCAGCGUUGGGAGGGAUUUGGUUACGGUUGGAGAGAGCUCGUGGCUUCAGGGAUGGGAGGUGGUGUGUAGAUAUGUGUAGUGUUUUAUUGGGUAUAUUGUCAUGAGGUCUGUACAUAAUUACGAAAGAGGUGUAGAUGGGUGGAAAAGAACAGUUAACUGGAUUAAAGAUGUAUUUUAGGGGAUUCUUAAAUCUCUUUUUGGUGCUAGUUGAUGGGGUUUUUUUCUUUUUUUUUUUUCUUUUGUGGGAAAGUGAGAAUUUUGGAGUUAUACUUGAGAAAUUGGAUCUAGAAUUGCCUCUGAAACUGAUCUUGGGAAAUCCUAAACUUCCUGUAUGUCAUACUUUGUAUUUAUUAAGUCAGGAGUUUUUGAAGCUAUCACCCUUGUGUUUUCUGCAUAAUCUUUUCGUAAACACCCUGAGUGACGCUUUGGGGAGGGAUACCCAAGCUGAGGGCACAGAGUCCCAGACUGAGUAGACGACCAGGGUACAUCACUGCACAAACAGCCCAAGCUGGAUGUCAGUAAGUCUGAGCAUAACUGUCUUAGGCUUUUCCAUUCCUUAUCUAACCACGAUACCUCCGAGAUCAAAGCCAUGGGUCUUUGACUGUGCGCUGUCUUUCUGUUUAUUCGCUGGUGUCUGUAUAUGGCUCUGCAUGAGAUGGUACAUUUGAACUUACCUUCGUGACCAAGGAUAAGAUUGUGUGAUACCAGUCCAGGUACCGACCUUCACUUACCUCUUCGGCUGGUUUCUUCUGCGGUUGGCAGAACAAGCUGAUACUGCCAACGUGAGCCGUCCCUCUGGGAAAUGCUUUCUAAACAUUGUAGAUUAUUUCUGAGUCGCUCGAGUAUCCAGGACCGGGGUGGUGGUGCACACCCGCUGCAGCAGAGCGUGGUUAGUGCUGACCUGAGGUUUCGUGCCAACGUUAUGAAUUGAUGUUUUUGAUGGGGAUGUAUCCGUGAGGCUAUGGUGCUGCUGCUGUUCAGCUGUCAUUUCCAAAUGGAAAUGUCAAAUAAGUUCAGAGGAGGAGAAACUGAUGUAGAGAACAAACUUGCCAAUCUAUUGGAAUUGAAAGAAGCCUGAGAUUUUCAGUGAAGCUUGGGAAGCUACAUGCUCAAUUCUCCAUGAAUUUUAGAUGGAUUUGGACAUGCAAUUCCCAUAAUCUGUUUCAUUUUAUUUUUUUGUUCCUAACUCAAUGCUUUGUGUUUCUAGUCUUUGGGUAAAGUUAACAUUUUUGCGACACGUUAAAUAAAAAUGGUUUUCAGAAACAUUUUAUAACUUCAAGGGCACUUUGGAGAUCUAGCAUUUCAGCUGAUCGUUUUUCUUAGUGACUUGGGUUUGUUCUUUCUUACGGCACCUCUUUGUUCAAAGUCAAAUUCAUUCAGUAGAAGACUUUUUUUCCUUAAGGAUCAGGUCCUAGCUUGAGCCUAUGAAUAAUGCAGGUGUUCUCUUUUGUUCCUGUUUAGACUGGGCUGGCAAGUUUAGUAUAGACCUGCCUAAGUUUGGUGUUCUCAUCUGUAGUGUUUCAGAAAGAACAGAGGGCUCUCUUUCCACUCCGCGUUCGGCUGCGGUAUCGUUACAAAACCCCGUCCCACUUUCUAAGCGAGUCUUAGUGUGUUUUGAGCCAGACCUUAAGCUGAUGGGAGCCAGCCUGGCACUUGGGAAGCUGUGCUCAUUUACAGCGGCUGGCAAUCGGGGCUGGUGCAUUUGAGAGUGCAGUUCCUUUCUUUUUGAAGGUGUUUCCUCUGUUUGAGUUGUGUGCAAGGGGGAGGUCAUCACUGUCUUAAAAAAAAAAGUAAAAAGUAAAAAAAAAAGUAAAAAAAACCUGUGGAUGCAAGUUUGACAAGAGUGUAGGCUGUAAUCUAGUGCCAACCAAUAAACACGCCAGUAUUUCACACA